GUGAAUUGACCAAAUCAAAACUCAUUUUGACGGGUCAAAUAAUUGGAUUGACUCGUUCAACCUAAAAAAUCGCACAAUUGCCCAAUUUAGCCAUUCACACAUCACCUAAUCCUAACAGUAUGACAUGGCACAACAGAAUUAGCCAUAACACACAGUUAGUUACAUGCAACAAUUUCAUGCCAAAAGAAACAAAUUAAUGACCUUCUCAUUCCCAACACCAAAUUAACAACCCUAACCAACAAACUUUUCACUCCUUUUCUGCGUUUUCUCUUCCUUUUCUUUCUUCUCAUAUUCCAUCCACCUUCAACACAUUCUAAUUUACUUUACAUGAGAGGAAGAAAGGAACAAUAAAUAAAAUAAAAUAAAAUAAUUAUCAAGGAUGACAGGUUCGUCUAGAAAUGGACGAAUAUUCUUAGACGAAGGAAGCAGCAUUCGCGGAAGAAAAUACGGAAAAUUAAAAAAGAACGAAAAAGACGAAUUCGACGGUUACAACUCCGAUAACCAUCCAAGAAAAAACAGCCCCGUCGUCACCACCGACGCACCGCAUUUAGAUCCACAAAUGGCAGCAGAGAAUUCUCCAUACGACGCUUCUCUCUCACCAUUAUCAAAAUCACCAUGGUCCUCACACGUCAACGAAGAAAAUUCAUCUUCCAACGACGAAGCUCUCGUUGGUUCAUUAGUUCGUGAAGAAGGUCACAUAUAUUCCCUCGCCGCAACAAAGGAUUUAUUAUACACUGGUUCCGAUAGCAAAAACAUUCGCGUUUGGAAGAAUCAAAAGGAAUUCGCAGGGUUUAAAUCAAACAGCGGUUUAGUAAAAGCGAUUGUUAUCGCCGGUGAAAAAAUUCUCACCGGACAUCAAGACGGAAGAAUUCGCGUUUGGAAAGUUUCCGGCAAAAACGAACAAAACCAUAAGCGCGUUGCCACGUUACCGACGUUAAGAAAUUAUAUCAAAUGUUCAAUGAAACCGAGUAAUUACGUUGAGGUUAGACGGCACCGUAACGUUUUGUGGAUUAAACACUACGAUGCAAUUUCGUGUCUAAGUUUAACGGAAGAUCAUUCGUUAAUUUAUUCAGCUUCUUGGGAUAAAACAUUUAAAGUUUGGCGCGCUUCGAAUUUCAAAUGUUUAGAAUCAGUAACGGCGCAUGAUGACGCCGUUAAUGCGCUUGUAGUAGGUUUUGACGGUUUGGUUUUUACCGGCUCAGCUGACGGAACCGUUAAAAUUUGGCGGCGUGAAAUGCAAGGGAAAGGGACUAAGCAUUUUUUUUCUCAGAUUUUGUUGAAGCAAGAGUGUGCAGUUACGGCGUUAGCGUUAAAUGUGGAAGGGACGUUUUUAUACGCGGGUUCUUCGGAUGGGUUGGUUAAUUAUUGGGUGCGUGGAACGAAUUUGGAACACGGUGGAGUUUUGAGGGGUCAUAAAUUGGCAGUUUUGUGUUUAGCGACAGCUGGCAGUUUGUUAUUUAGUGGUUCUGCUGACAUGGCAAUUUGUGUGUGGAAAAAAUCGAUAAGUAAUGAACAUGUUUGUAUGUCUGUGUUGUCGGGGCAUACCGGACCGGUGAAGUGUCUCGCCGCCGAGAAGGAUCCCGAUGCGAUGUGUAAUGAACGGCGGUGGAUUUUGUAUAGUGGAAGUUUGGAUAAGUCUGUUAAGGUGUGGAAGGUUUCGGAGAGUGGGCCCACUGGACAACAGAAUAAUAAUCAUCCACCACCACCUCGUCUUAGUGGUGAGUUACCUAGAGUUUCUUCGUUAAGAAAAAUGGGAUCGCGAAGAUUCUAGGAUUAAAUCUUGUCUAUGAUGUUGUUGUUGCAUAUUUUCUGUUGUUAUUGGAACUUCAUAUUGUUGAGUUUAAUGUGCAAGUGUAUGUAAUGUACUAGAUUGGUUAUAUUUAAUUUAGUCUUCAAGCACGGACGAUUAAUUAAUGUUUA